AUGGCCGAUGGUUAUGCUCGCCUUACUGGGAAGCCGCAGUGUGUCAUCGUCCACGUCGAUGUCGGAACGCAGGGUCUCGCUGCGGCCGUCCACAAUGCCUCCUGCGGACGCGCUCCCGUCUUGAUCUUCGCCGGCCUCUCUCCCUUCACUCUCGAGGGGGAGAUGCGGGGUUCGCGAACGGAAUAUAUCCACUGGAUCCAGGAUGUUCCAGACCAGAAGCAGAUCGUGUCGCAGUACUGUCGCUACACGGCGGAAAUCAAAUCCGGGAAGAAUAUCAAGCAGGUCGUGAACCGGGCCCUGCAAUGGGCGACCAGCGAUCCAAAGGGCCCCGUGUAUCUGGUCGGGGCCAGAGAAGUGAUGGAGGAAGAGAUUGAACCCUACAAGCUCGACCAGAGGCAAUGGGUGCCCAUCUCACCUGCGGCGCUGCCCCCAGAUGCGGUAGAAAUGAUUGCAUCCGAGCUGGUCGCCGCCAAGGAACCUCUCGCGAUUGUGGGCUACAACGGACGAGCGGCGAGUUCGGUGAAAGAGCUGGUCACCCUGGCUGACACGGUCAAGGGCCUGCGUGUUCUGGACACUGCGGGAAGUGACAUGAGCUUCCCUGCGGAUCAUCCUGGUUGGAUAGGCAUGCGCUUUGGCAAUCACGACGCCAUCCGGACUGCGGAUUUCAUCUUGGUUGUCGACUGCGACGUGCCAUGGAUUCCAACCCAGUGCAAGCCAUCGGAUUCGGCCAAGAUCGUCCACAUUGACGUGGAUCCGUUGAAGCAGCAGAUUCCCAUGUUCUAUAUUCCUUCCAUUGCCACCUUCAAAGCCGACUCCACGACCGCUUUCAGACAAUUGAACCAGUACAUCUCUUCGAACACGACCUUGUCGCAGGCGGUCAAUAGCGACGAGUUCGCCGCUCGCCGCAAACGCCUCGAGGAAGAACACAAGCAACGACUGCAAUCGAUUGCGGAGCUUGCUGCUGUCCCCUCCGGCGGUGACAAUGCCUACCUGAACGUUUCUUACCUCACUGCGCAACUGCGAAAGGCAUGUCCUCCGGAUACAAUCUGGGCGAUUGAGGCGGUUACCCUCACGUCCUUCGUUGCGGAUCAGCUUCAAUGCAGCAUCCCCAAUUCCUGGAUUAACUGCGGGGGUGGAGGUCUGGGUUGGUCUGGUGGCGGCGCGCUGGGCAUUAAGCUUGCGACAGAUGCUCAACACGGAGGCAAGGGCAAGGGCAAAUUCGUUUGCCAGAUCGUGGGUGACGGAACCUACCUGUUUUCCGUCCCCAGCUCGGUCUACUGGAUUUCUCGGCGCUACAACAUCCCCAUUCUGACGAUUGUUCUCAACAACAAGGGCUGGAACGCUCCCCGGAGGAGCAUGCUGCUUGUUCACCCGGACGGCGACGGGUCUCGCGCGACCAACGAGGAACUUAACAUCUCUUUUGCUCCUACGCCGGAUUACCCUGGUAUUGCUAAGGCCGCUGCCGGUGGAGAGUUGUGGGCUGGCCGAGCCAGCACGGUGGCAGAGCUUGCCGACGCGCUGCCAAAGGCUGUGGAGAGCGUUCUCAAUGGCAAGACGGCCGUUCUGGAAGCGCAGCUGGACGGGACAGAGGGGAAAUAUACUGAGAAGAAGUGA